AUGAGGACGCACACACGGCGAGAGGCCCUACCCUGUGCGCGCAGUGCGGGAAGAGCUUUUAGCAGACAGAGCCAGCUCAACGUCCACAUGAGGAUCCACACGGAGAAAGCCUUUCAGCUGCGAGCUCUGCGGCAAGAGCUUCAGUGCGGCAAGAGCUACACGCAGAACAGCCAGCUCACCAUCCACACGAGGAUCCACACGGGAGAGAAGCCCUUCUCCUGCGCCGUGUGCGACAAGAGCUUCACGGUCAAGCGGCGCCUCAAGGCCCACAUGAAGAGCCACGCCGAGAAGAACCCCUUCACGUGCUCCCGCUGCGGAAAGAGCUUCACGCAGAAGCGCACCCUCGACGCCCACACGGUGAUCCACACCGGAGAGAAGCCGUUCAGCUGCCCGCGCUGCGGGAAGAGCUUCCGGCUGAAGGGGAACCUCCAGGUCCACAUGAGGAUCCACACCGGAGACAAGCCGUUCGAGUGCCAGCAGUGCGGCCGGUGUUUGCGCAGGACGAAGCUCCUGAACGCCCGCCAGACUUCACGCCGGGAGAAGCCUUCAUCUGCCGCAGUGCGGGAAGAGCUUCACCAACAAAACCAACCUGAAGACCCACAUCCGGAUCCACACGGGAGAGAAUCCCUUCAGCUGCGACCAGUGCGGCGAGAGCUUCAGAUACAACGCCAACCUCAUCAAUCACAUGAAGGUCCACUCGGACGGCGGCGCGAAGACGUUCUCGGACAGCGAGCAGCUGGAGGAACACGUUUGAGUUCACGUCUGAGCGCGCCCUCCAAGAGUUUGGCGAGGAAGGAAGCCUCGGGAUGGAGGGAGGAGAUCGUCCUCGGCGCCGAUCGCGACUCGCCCGAGAGGAAAUUGCCGUUUUCCCUUUGUGCAAACUGCAGGAACGAUUUUUGCAAAGAUCUGCUCAUUCGUUCUGAAAGAGCAACGUAA